AAUAUCCGGUGUUUCCCAAUCUCCUUGACGAUGGUGGCUGGCGCGACUUCGGUCGGAGUCCUUCGUGGACAUAAGGCACCUGUCAACUGCCUCAGUGUGUGCGCCAGUGCCCCAGACAUCCUGGCAUCUGGAAGCGACGACAGCACAUGCCGCGUAUGGGACCUGCGAAGUCGUCGCGUAUCGCAGUGCAUUGCACAUGCUUUCGCUGGAGACCCUGUCAACUCGGUGGUGUUUGCCUCGUCGGUCGAGCUGUACGUGGCGUCGCGCAACCAAGUGUACAUGUUCGAUUUGCGGCACUCGUCGUCUUUGAUUCUCACGGAUGCCACGACGAUCUUCGAGCCGGCUGCCGACGACAUCAACUGCCUCCAUGUCCACCCCAUGUCGAACAAGAAGCCGUGGCUCGUCGUGCCCGACGACGAAGGCGACAUCGGCCUGCUCAAUAUGCAAACCCACGCCAUCCAUACGUUGCGCGGCCAGCACUCAAGUAUUUGCUCCGCGGCGGCAUUUCGACCCCGCUGCGGCGGCUACGACUUGGUGUCAGGAGGGCUCGACAGCCAGCUCUUGUUUUGGGAAGUCCGCAGCGACGGCAGCGGCGGCCGCGUCCGCUCCAAGAUCGACAUGCAACACCUUGAAACCUUGGGCGACGCCACGCAGAUCUGGAACCCCCCGUUCGUGUAUGACGUGGCGUUCUCAGCGACAGGCAAGACCGUGGCCGCCGCACUGGGCGACGGGUCCAUCGCCCUAGUCGACUUUGCCUCCAAAUCCAUCGCCCAACAUCUGCGGGGAGGCCACCAUGCCCCCGUAGGCGUCGUUCAGUUCUUUGACUUUCGCUCCACCGAGUACGUCAUCUCGGCCGGCAACGACUCCAAGGUUUGCAUUUGGCCAUCGUCCGACACAACAGAGCCAUGCGUGACGAUUCCCCUGCGUCACAAACCCAAUGACGUGGCAGUCUCAGGAGACGCCAUCUACGUGGCCGACGUUAGUCCGUUUGUGAGCAUUUACGAAUUGCAUUAAGGAAUAGUACAGUAUUGUGCUAAUUUUCGAGGAAGCAUUAUGGUCGUCC